CCUCACAAAGCUAUGUCAAUAAAGCGUCCAGCACAAGAAGAUCUUGAAAAGUCUUCUUCCUCCAAGAAAAUGGUUAUCUCGACAACAACGAAGGCUGCUGUCGCUUCCUUCUUUGCUCCAGCCUCCAAACGCUUGCUGGAUCCUGAUGGUAUCAAGUGGGCAACCCGGCAUGGCACUUUACUCGUCGCAAAAUACAAAGGCAGCGCACUCAAAGAACUAGAAGAAGGCAAAACAUACAAAGUCGGUGCCUUCGACUUGGACGGUACCCUAAUUAAAACCACCUCCGGCUCCCGCUUCGCAAAAGACGCCAACGACUGGACCUGGUGGCAUCCCUCGGUCCCCACCCUCAUCCGCUCUCUCCACGCCUCUGGAUACCUCAUCGCGAUCUUUUCCAACCAAGGCGGUAUCUCCCUGAAGACCGCUAACUCAAAGUCCGAGACGAAGUGGAAAACGAAACUGGAGGCGGUUUGUAGGGGGUUGGAUGUGCCUGUUGCGGUGUAUGGCGCUACGGGACGGGAUCGGUGGAGGAAACCGAGGGUUGGGAUGUGGGAGGAGUUUGUGGGGGAGUAUGGGUUGGGUGAAGCUGAAAGGAAGGGGAGCUUGGAUAUAGAGGGGAGCUUUUAUGUUGGGGAUGCGGCGGGGAGGGGGGAUGAGCGCAGUAAGGAUUUCUCGUGUUCGGAUCGACGAUUGGCGAUGAAUAUUGGGAUUAAGUUUCAUACGCCGGAGCAGUACUUUCUUGGAAAGGAUCCAGAGCCGUAUAGCUUGAAGAACUCGUUCGAUCCGUUGACUGUGCUCAGCAAAGAAGCACCGACAACGACUUUCACGAAGAGAUUCGAGCAGGAGCUUAUUGUUAUGGUUGGCUCUCCCGCAAGUGGGAAGAGUACGUAUACCGAACUCUUCUUGGAGCCUCUAGGAUAUGUACGGGUGAACCAAGAUACCCUCAAGACGAGGGAGAAGUGUGUGAAAGUCGCGGAGGCAGCAUUACUGGAAGGACAAAGUGUGGUAGUCGACAACACGAACGCUGAUGCCGGGACCCGAAAAGUCUGGAUUGAGCUCGCUUCACGCCUGAAGUCUCAAUGUCCGGAACUUCGGGUGCGGUGUGUCUGGCUCACUACACCACAAACAAUUGCACUACACAACAACGCAGUACGAGCAUGGGGAGGACUUCCAUCGAAAGAAAAGCGAGACUUUUUGCCAGGCGUCGCUUUUACAAGUUACGCUGCACGAUUUCAAGAACCUAAGGUCGAAGACGGGUUUGAGGACUUGGAAAAGGUGGACUUUGCAUGGAGAGGAGGAGAAGAGGCAAAGAAAGUCUGGGGAAGGUGGUGGUUAGAUUGAGACUCAGGGCUUAGCCAAGACCCUCUCGUACGUUAAUUCACGAACCCAUGGCCAUUGCGGCCAUGAUUCCCGGAUUCACAUUUGUAUGCCUAUCAUGCGACCUCGCAGGACAUAUGACCGCUUUAGCUAAUCAUUCCAGACGUCUCGGAGGACAGGAGAGACCGUCAGCUGAUCUAGUUAACCCUGUACUACUCGUAACGAAACACUUAAAGCUUCAUCAUGGAUCCAACUUUUUCGAAGUAAUUUUGUGUUGGUCCUCACGUCAUGACGCUUUCGCAUAUGCGAUCAGCGUGCGGCAAGGUGGAGGACGCCACGUAACGGCCCGACCUCCUACGACCAAGCGACCUCCAAC